ACGCCGCCUUGUUUUUUUUCUCGAAGCAUGCACAUAUUUUUUUUUUUGGACAUAAGCUUCAUAUUUGCAGAGCGGUACGGAUCGAGUGACCACAACGCCUUUGAGAAGGGAGAUGUCACAGCAAAGCGGCGCCAGCGGGAGGAUGCUUCGUUACCAGCGGUUAUUGCAGAGCAUCUCCUGUAAGAUGGACGAGACAUAUUGGGGAUAAGGAACUGGCGACUUAUCACGUUGCGGUGGAGAGAUGUUUUGCAACCGCCCUAGGCUGACCAAGAGGAUGAAUGCCUUCCCUGGCGUCAUUUCUCCUUUGUAAUAUGUAGUUCCAGCCAGCGGCAGUGUGUAGCUGUUUCUCGGGUAGUGAAGCCGCCAGCAAACCCCCCCAUCCACCACCGCCUUCCACCACCUUGAACCUCCAUGUGACGGGUGCGAUGCCCAGCUAAGAAGUGAGCGCAGCCUCCUGAGCUGUCCGUGGUGCUGAACGGAUCCGUCAGCUCCCGCUCCAUCAGGGGCUUUUAUUUUUUUUUUCUUUACGAGUUGACCUUCUCUCCCCCACCGAGCAGAAAAGCACUCUCCUGGAAUACACAGUAAGGUGGCAAAAGCAGGCCACCGCACACGGACAGCUGCUGGGCUUGACUGAGUCAGCCAGACAAUACUCUUCUUUCAUGGCUGUGGCACGCAAAAUCAAAACUUUGCUGACCGUCAACAUUUUGGUGUUUGUGGGGAUUAUCUUGUUCUCGGUCUACUGCAGGAUCCAGGACAGAUCCGAGGAGCUCAUCCAGAUAGGGCGUAUUUCUGACCAGAGGCUGCGAGCCAGGAAUGGCAAAGUUUCCAACUUGGUGGACAGGCAGUCUAUUCUCCAGAGGCUGGAGAGGCUGGAGGAUGUGGUCUACAACCAACUCAACGGUUUGGCGAAGCCCAUGGGGCUAGUUGAGGGACCCGGAGGCCUUGGCCAAGGGGGAGCUGCUGCCACUCUGGGAGAGGACAGUCGUGACGCUGAGGGGAAAUACGAGGAGUACGGUUACAAUGCUCAGCUCAGUGACCGCAUCUCCCUGGACAGGAGCAUCCCUGACUACAGGCCUAAAAAGUGUAAGCAGUUGACGUACCCAGAGGACCUUCCUCAGAUUUCUGUGGUUUUCAUCUUUGUGAACGAGGCGCUGUCAGUGAUCCUGCGCUCCGUCCACAGUGUGGUUAACCACACACCAGCACACUUGCUCAAGGAGAUCAUCCUGGUGGACGACAACAGUGACAGUGUGGAGCUGAAAUUCAACUUGGAUCAGUACGUGAACAAACGCUACCCGGGCCUGGUGAAAAUUGUGAGGAACAGCAAGCGGGAGGGCCUGAUCAGAGCCAGAAUACACGGCUGGAAUGCAGCCACGGCUCCUGUCGUCGGCUUCUUUGAUGCCCAUGUUGAGUUCAACACUGGCUGGGCUGAACCUAUUCUGACCCGGAUGAAGGAGGAUCACACCCGCAUCAUCCUGCCUGCCAUAGACAACAUCAAGUACAACACGUUUGAGGUGCAGCAGUAUGCCAACGCCGCCCAUGGCUACAACUGGGGGUUGUGGUGCAUGUACAUCAUCCCUCCGCAGGAGUGGCUGGACAAGGGCGAUGAGACGGCCCCUAUCAGAACUCCAGCUAUGAUUGGUUGCUCCUUUGUGGUUGAUCGGGAAUACUUUGGCGAGAUCGGACUGCUGGAUCCUGGCAUGGAGGUCUACGGAGGCGAGAACAUCGAGCUCGGCAUGCGGGUGUGGCAAUGUGGAGGCAGUAUGGAAGUCCUCCCCUGUGCCAGAGUAGCUCACAUCGAGCGCACCAAGAAGCCCUACAACAAUGACAUAGAUUACUAUGCUAAGCGCAAUGCCCUGCGGGCUGCUGAGGUGUGGAUGGAUGAAUACAAAUCCCACGUCUACAUGGCCUGGAACAUUCCCAUGAACAACCCGGGGGUUGAUUUUGGGGAUGUCUCUGAGCGACUGGCCUUAAGGAAGAGGCUACAGUGCCGGAGUUUCCGUUGGUACCUUGAACACGUCUAUCCAGAGAUGCGCAUCUACAACAACACCAUCACAUAUGGCGAGGUGAGGAACAGCAAAGCCAGCGGCUACUGCCUGGACCAGGGCUCUGAGGACGACGACAAAGCCAUCCUCUACCCCUGCCAUGGCAUGUCCUCCCAGCUCGCCCGCUACUCUACCGAGGGACUUCUCCAGUUAGGACCCCUGGGGUCGACCACUUUCCUGCCUGACACAAAAUGUCUUGUUGAUGAUGGCAGAGGACGCACUCCCAGACUGAAAAAAUGUGACGCUGUUUCAAGGAUCUCCCAGAGACUUUGGGACUUUACACAGAAUGGUCCGAUCAUCAGCAGGGAUACUGGUCGCUGUUUGGAGGUAGAAAUGUCCAAAGAUGCCAAUUUUGGCCUUCGCCUGGUGGUCCAGAGAUGCUCCGGUCAGAAGUGGAUGAUACGAAACUGGAUUAAGCAUCCCAGGCAUUGAAGCCAGAGAACAACCUCAGAGACAGUUUGGGCAGUGUUUCAAGUCGCAGUUGGAUCUCAAAUGUUGAACAGUUCAGGGAGGAGCGGGGACUGCUGUUGUAAGUGUGUGGUAUUUCACACUACAGACUGCAGUACACACUGAGCUCCCUCAGGCCACGGAGCUUUACAACACUGAGUCUUAAAGAAGAAUAUGAUCAAUUCAAGGGUUCUACUGAGCUGCGCUUUCACAGAGACCUUAAGGCAAGCUGCGCUGUUUGAAAUGGCCCACAUUUCUGACAUUGAGCUACAUGUAUAGAAACAGAAACAAGACGCCUGAGUGCAGACCCUGAAGGUGGUUUGAGAUCCUAGUAAUUCUUUUGUUUGUACUGUAAACUAAACUAUCAGAUCUUUGGAGACGAGAAAGUGUGUGUGUGUGUGUGUGUGUGUGUGUGUGUGUGUGUGUGUGUGUGUGUGUGU